ACCCCCCCCCCCGAAGACGCGACCUUCUCAACAUGGCUCCCACUGGGCUCUUGUGAGGGUGGAGCUUGGAGGGGCGGAGGCCAAUGGCGGGCCGCGAGACUCCGUGGGGCGGGGAGAACAGUUGCCUCACGCCCAACCCGAGGCUCGGGAGGAGGCUUGGGAGUGAAUUUUCUGGAAGGCGGCUUUAAACGCGCCCGGCCGGAGCGAAGGGCAUUUAGCUGUCGCCUCGCCGUCGCCGCCGCCCUGGUCGGGAAGGGCGUUUUAGUGGCAGGAAUCGAGCUGCACCCAGGUCGUCGCGAAAGCAGCUGGUGACCCUGCAGGAUGAACCACAAGAGCAAGAAGCGGAUCCGCGAGGCCAAGCGGAGUGCGCGGCCAGAGCUCAAGGACUCGGUGGAUUGGACCCGACACAACUACUACGAGAGCUUCCCGCUGAACCCGGCGGCCGUGGCGGAUAACGUGGAAAGGGCAGACGCUUUACAGCUGUCCGUGGAAGAAUUCGUGGAGCGAUAUGAAAGACCUUACAAGCCCGUGGUUUUGCUGAAUGCCCAGGAAGGCUGGUCUGCGCAGGAGAAAUGGACUCUGGAGCGCCUAAAAAGGAAAUACCGCAACCAGAAGUUCAAGUGUGGUGAGGAUAACGAUGGCUAUUCGGUAAAGAUGAAGAUGAAAUACUACAUCGAGUACAUGGAGAGCACUCGGGAUGACAGCCCGCUUUACAUCUUCGAUAGUAGCUAUGGUGAACACCCCAAGAGAAGGAAACUUUUGGAAGACUACAAGGUGCCCAAGUUUUUCACCGAUGACCUAUUCCAGUAUGCAGGGGAGAAGCGCAGGCCUCCUUACAGGUGGUUUGUCAUGGGGCCGCCACGUUCCGGAACUGGGAUUCACAUUGACCCUCUGGGAACCAGUGCCUGGAAUGCCUUAGUGCAGGGCCACAAGCGCUGGUGCCUGUUCCCGACAAGCACCCCCCGGGAGCUCAUCAAGGUCACCCGAGAAGAAGGCGGGAACCAGCAAGAUGAAGCCAUUACGUGGUUUAAUGUCAUUUAUCCCCGGACACAGCUUCCAACGUGGCCACCUGAAUUCAAACCCCUGGAAAUCUUACAAAAACCAGGAGAGACUGUCUUUGUCCCAGGAGGCUGGUGGCAUGUUGUCCUCAAUCUUGACACCACCAUUGCCAUCACCCAGAAUUUUGCCAGCAGCACCAACUUCCCUGUUGUGUGGCACAAGACGGUAAGAGGGAGACCAAAGUUAUCGAGGAAAUGGUAUAGGAUCUUAAAGCAGGAGCACCCUGAGCUGGCAGUCCUAGCAGAUGCUGUUGACCUCCAGGAAUCCACAGGCAUCGCCUCUGACAGCUCCAGUGACUCCUCCAGCUCCUCCAGCUCCAGCUCCUCCGACUCGGACUCUGAGUGUGAGUCGGGGUCAGAAGGUGAAGGGACAAUGCACCGCAGGAAGAAGAGGAGGACGUGCAGCAUGGUGGGCAACGGGGACACCACCUCACAGGACGACUGCGUGAGCAAAGAGCGCAGCUCCUCCAGGGAUGGGACCCAGAGCCUUGUGCACGGCAGCCAAGCGCUGUACCGCUGGACUACAUCCCCAGCCCUUUUGUUUUAAGACAAGAACUCAGCACGUGCUCUGGCUGGCCUGGAACUUGCCUCAGCCUCUUGAGUAGGUGGAUUAGAGGAGUGCACCACCCUGCACAGCUACUCCUCCAGCUGUUGAAGACUUCUUGCCAUCUUCAGACACUGCCCCCUCCCUCUUGUUACUGAGCUAUCCCACUUCCCCUUAAACUUCAGCCAAAAGAGAGGCUCUUUGCCACCAGGAGGCGCAGUGGGACAUGUUGCCAGUGGUCUGGGUGGUGGAGCAGAAAUUUGAAACUGAAAAUUCAGCUUCCCAGUUCUUCAGAUGCUGGAAGUGACUCCUGGUUGCUAGACAACAGCAGGAAUGAGGGACCAGGCCACAGUCCUCUCUCCUGACUGUGUUGGACAGCAGAUUCUGUGAUGCUCAUGCCACUCCAUAAAUAAUUGUGGGGUACCUUAUUUGUUCUAACCGGGCCAAGGACUCAACACUCCAUUGUGGAAGCAGAGCGAGGUGGGGGAGCCUGGGCACAGGUGUUCCAGAGCUCCCUUCUUCCCUCCCACCUGGUCCGUGCUCCUCCUUCGAAUCAAGUCAGCAGGAAGAAAGAGAAGGAUGCAACACGAGCCCAUCUCCAGGGAUUAUUCUCUAGGAUUGCUGCCAAUCUUCAAAGAGCUGUGUGUUGGAAAAGGGGUAUUAGAAUGCUGGGGAGGAGCGAUGUGAGCAGGACCCAGGGUAUCUAGAGGGCUCUAGGCCUCUGGAAAUGCAGCUCCCAUCAGGCCAGGAGCAUCCAGUGUACCUGCACAGGGGGCUUCAGAAUUGUCAUCGUCUAGGGAUCUGAGGCCAGGCUCUUGGAGGGAGAACCCUCACAGCAGGAACAUCUCUCACAGUUGCAUUUUAUUCUUGCACUACCCACUGCUUAAUAACUCAAGCAUCCAGCAAAAGUUCUAGUGCCAGCCGGGUGUGGUGGUGUGUAAUCCCAGUGCUUGGGAGGCUGAGGCAGGCGAUUGCCACAGGUUCGAGACCAGCCUGGGCUACAUACGCAGUUCAAGGUCAGUCUGAACUACACAGCAAGACCCUGUCUCAAAAAAAAGGUGAGUGCCAGGAUUGUUUUUGGUGCAGAAGGUACAACAGGGACAAGCCCAGGUUCCUGAUCUUGAGCUUGCUGGGCAGUGACUACAGUCGUUCAUAAGGGGAGGAGACAAGAGUAUGCACUUCCACAGCCAGAAAAGCAAAUGCAGCCGUCACUACACACAAGGGACUAGUUCCUCAUGAAGAGGCCUGGCUAACCCUACACCAGCAUGCUGGAUCCGAACACAGUGUCUUCGUAGAGUAGCUGCUGGAGGCCCUCAAGUGAAAGCUCACAACAAGUUGCCAGUGUGCUGUACAAAUCCAGAACCCGGCCUUGAACCUAGGACUUCAGACACGAGAAUGGGAUGGAGCCAGAGUCUGUCAGUGUUGUAGAAGUGCUGUCUAGAAAGAAGCAUGUGAGGAUGCAGCUGUAGGGUCUGUAGUUGUGUGUAGCUUUCCCCAGACGGCUAGGAUGUGUGGUCAGUGGGUUUGGGGCAAGUCAGGCUUCUCUCUCCUGGCUUUUGUCAAGAUGUCCUGUUGUUGUUACAUUGUUUUCAGCAAAACUAGAUGAAUAUAGCAAACAAGUUGAAUAUAUAAAUUCAAUAUACAAAUCUGGUGACUCUCAGAUUUGUCUCAUUGUUAGAUGAAAAAUUGGAAUCGCCAAGGUGCCCUGUGCCCCCCACCUCCCCCAGGAACCAGCCCUGCCCUGCUUGUCUCCAUGGUAAGAGACACCACAGAACUUGGCUCCUGUAGCUGUUGAACAGAACACCGGGCAGCCUCGGUUCUGUGUCCCCCGUGCUGUAGUGUCUGCCGCGAAAUGCCUGUGGGGUCUGCCAUUGGGUUGGUGUUUUUUAACUUUCACUUAGAUGAAACUUGUUCAUUUUAAAUAAAGCAACUGGAUUUGGG